AUGAGGAGGCGCCCGUUGCAACUGAGCAAGGUGCUGAGGAGGAGGUUCCGCCUCUUGCUGAUCUUGGGGCUGCUGGCCGUGGGGCUCUGUGCAGCCUACUUGGAGGUGGUGGCGCUGACCGACGGGGGAGGACACCCCUUGAACCGCAGAUAUGGAAGCUGGGGUGAGCUGGCUAAAGCCCUGGGAAAUCAGGAGAGCCCUAUACUGGAUCCAAGCCUUCAGUUUUAUCUGCCUCAGAAACCAAAAUAUCAAAUUGAGAACCGAGCAACUGGAAGAAACCAGAGCAACAGAACAGAUUCUACAGCAUCGGACAAUUCUGCCUCCUUGAGGCUUGAGCUCCGAGGCCAAGUCAACCUCCAUGUUUUUGAGGACUGGUGUGGUGGCUCUAUUGAACAACUGAGGAGGAACCUCCACUUUCCACUGUAUCCUCAUACAAGAACCACUUUGAAGAAACUGGCAGCAUCUCCACAAUGGAAAAACUAUGGAUUACGCAUCUUUGGCUAUCUGCAUCCAUUCAGUGAUGGUGAGUUUCAGUUUGCCAUUGCUGCUGAUGAUAACGCAGAGUUCUGGCUGAGUCCAGGCAAGAAUAUCUCAGACCUGCAGCUACUGGCCAGUGUAGGCAAGACUGGGAACGAGUGGACAGCACCUGGGGAGUUCGGGAAAUUCAGGAGCCAACAGUCAAAGCCAGUGAAGUUGUCUGCCACGAACAGAUAUUACUUUGAGGUGCUGCACAAGCAAGAUGACAAAGGAACAGACCAUGUGGAAGUGGCAUGGAAGCUAAGUGACCCCGAAACUAAAUUUGCAAUUAUUGACUCUCAAUUCCUCUCCCUUUAUGCUAAUGAAACACUCUUUAAAAUGGAUGAGGUUGGUCACAUCCCACAGACACUAGCCACGCGUAUGAGCCGGAUUUCACACCAUGAGGGAGCAACGGAACACGCAGCAGAUAUGCUGAAGCCUGACCCUCGAGACACCAUUUAUAAAUUGCCUCUCAUAGGCAAGUCACAGAUACGCAGGAUCCUUCCAGACUGCCCUUACAAACCAAGCUACCUGGUCAGUGGAUUCCCACUGGAUCGCUAUCAGGGGCUCCAAUUUGUUCAUCUGUCUUUUGUAUAUCCCAACGACUACAGUCGUCUGAGCCACAUGGAGACGCACAACAAGUGCUUUUACCAGGAAAGCCCCUAUUAUCUAGAGAGAUUUGGAUUUUCCAAGUACAUGAAAAUGGACCAUCCAGAGUGGAGAAAUCUAGAUUCUGAAGAAACAACCAAACUGCCAGGUUAUGAAGAAGACAAUUUUGGUGAUGCCCAAUAUGCAGACCCAGAAACAGAAGACACAAUUCCUCCGUUAAAUUCCACUAGACCAAAGGCUGAAAGCGAUUCUGUCGUGGCUGCAGAAAACACAAAUGUUUAUGAUUAUUCUCCACAAAAGCAUCGGACUCUCUUAUCAAUUACCAGAAAAGAUACACAGAGCAAAGAUGUUAAAAGACAGAGGAUGGCUUCCAUCGCUCAGAGGAGCAAUAAAACCAACCCACAGGCAAAUUCACCAAUGAGGAGACCACCUUUGAAAGGCAGAGUCAAAGAAAGCUCCAGAAACUCCCCUCAUCAUGAUGGAAAUGUCGAAGUGUUAUCAGCCACCAAGAGAAAAGUGGGAGAGGAUGGCUUGCAGAUUAACAAAAAGCCCAAAGUGGCUGGAGAACAAAAUCAAUUAAGUCUUAAUGCAAAUAGAAAAAAGGACCCUUCGUUAUACACCACAAAAGUGAGGAGAGAAUCCCAAGUACUUGACAAAGGAGCUAGACGGGCAGCCCGCCAAGAGCAGCCUGUUCAUGAGGACCAGUGGCUCAACCAGGUAGAUUCAUAUAUAGCCAAGCAUAAGGCAGCAGAUGCUGCAAAUGUCAUUUUGGGAAGGGUGGACCUGGAUCCCCAGCAGCCUGCCAGGUCCGAUUCUCCUCAGCCAACAGUGCAAGAGGAAGAGGAUGAAGACCAGGUGGCCCUGGAAGAAGAAGAAGAGGACAAAGAGGCUGAUGAAGAGGAAGAGGGCUUUGAAUACAUGCCUGUGCCUCUGUUUGACCAGCUAGUGAACUGGGAGCAGACCUUCAAGGCCAAUAGCAUAGACUUCCAGAUGCUGCGGACAGACUGGAUUGACCUGAACUGCAACACUUCAGGGAACCUGCUCUUGAAAGAGAAGGAAGCCUUAGAGAUCACGAAAGUAUUCCUAAAGAAACUCAACCAGAGGCACAAAGGGCGAUUCCAGCUGCAGCACAUCUUGAACGUAGAGAAGCGGCAGGACCACAUACGGGGCAGCCGUUACCUGCUGGAGUUGGAACUGUUGGAGCGGGGGAAACGACUUGUCCGGAUCUCAGAAUACAUCUUUGCACGGAACUGGCACGGCGCGAGUAGCGACGAGGAGAAGAUUAUGAAAGACAUGGCUUGGGGCCACCGGCGUCACCUGAUGGCCAGCCCCGAUGAGCCGGUCCUGUGCUGGCCAUCAGCCUUUUACUGGAAUCACCGUGCCGUUGUCCACUUCAUCGUGCCAGUGAAAAACCAGGCACGCUGGGUACUGCAGUUCAUUUCUGACAUGGAGGAGCUGUUUAGGGUUACUAAGGACCCCAACUUCAAUGUCAUCAUCACAGACUACAGUAGUGAUGACAUGGAUGUAGAAAGGGCUCUGAAGAGGUCCAGCUUGCACAGGUAUCAGUACUUGAGGCUGACAGGGAAUUUUGAGCGCUCUGCAGGCCUGCAAGCUGGGAUCGACCUCGUGAAGGAUUUCCACAGCAUCGUUUUCCUGUGUGAUCUGCACAUCCAUUUCCCAGUAGGGAUCAUUGACUCAAUUCGGAAGCACUGCGUGGAAGGGAAAAUGGCUUUUGCACCCAUGGUUAUGAGGCUGCAGUGUGGUGCGUCUCCACAACGGCCUGAUGGGUACUGGGAGGUGAAUGGCUUUGGUCUCCUGGGAAUAUACAAGUCUGAUCUGGUUCGUAUUGGAGGGAUGAACACCAACGAGUUCAGGGAAAAAUGGGGAGGAGAGGACUGGGAACUCUUGGACAGAAUCUUUCAGGCCGGCCUGGAGGUGGAACGGCUCUCUCUCAGGAACUUCUUUCAUCACUUCCACUCCAAGCGGGGCAUGUGGAACCGACGUCCGCUGAAGAUAUGAUGCUCAUUUGCACUCCUAAGAAUUGGGAAGAAAACGAUCCUACCUCUAGCAUCUUCCAUCCAGAUCAUGGUUUUGGAACCUUUCCUACCAACACGUCACAGGAGCACUUCUGAUAAGCAAAAAUCAUAAAAU